UAGUUGUCAAUGUCAUUUGAAAACCCAAAUUGUAGAUCGGCUUGAGUCUUGCAGAAAUAAUUAAGAAAAAUGUCUUCGAAUUUAACUGCAAUAGAGUUACUAAACUUAGGAAAUGAAGGAAGAAAAAAGCCUGUCUUAAAUGAAUAUUGGCCGUACAUUCUCGGUACAUUUUUCGGAGUCGGAACAGGCAUUAUGGUUAACUUUGGCACUAAACGACCACUGUUUAGCGGAAUACAAAAGCAUAUUGCGGGUGUAGUUGUAUGGACAUCACUUUUAACGUAUGUUACAAAUAAACGUGAAGAAUAUUUAGCAGAAAAAGACGCAGUUUUGAGGCACUACAUACAGUUACAUCCCGAUGAUUUUCCUACACCUGAGAGAAAGAAGAUAGGAGAUGUAUUGGAGCCAUGGAUACCAAUUCGUUAAAAAAUGGUAAAUACCAAAAUAGCAAGAAGCUAGUGUUAUGUUGUGUUUUCAAUUAAUAAAUUAUGAUUAGUCAAA